UACACCACAAGGGCAAUUGACAACUGCCUUUCGAAUUCCUCAUUUCCAACUAGCCCACCCACAAACAAGCCCACUCAUCACUCCUCCACCAAGUAUCCUUUCCAUUUUCUUGUCCUAUUUUUUUCCUUGGAGCCAAACAGACAAAAAAAACUCAGCUACAAAGAGGGGAAAAAAGCAUCUCCUCCUUCAAAGUGGCGGCCAUUAACUUACAGUAAUAAGGUAAGCUUUUUGGAGAGAGAAAAAAAAUUGCAAGUACAUCGAAUCGUAGAGAGGGGGAGAGAGAGAGAGAGAGAGAGAGCUUGUCGGUGCAUUUGAAUUUUUUCUUUCCACCUCUUUCCUCCCUGUGUGUGUGAAGAAAAUCAACGUGGAACUGACCCAGAUGACAAGAACCCUAGAAUCCAGGUAGUCGCCACUUGUUACAACCUCAUGCCCUUUUUCAAUCGGUAUAAUUUCUUGAAUUGUGUAUAGAGAGAGAGAGCGAGAGAGAAGGAGGUGGGGAAGAGAUGGAGGGAGGAGGAGGGGGGAAGAGGAAGAGUGAGAGGCCGUACAAGGGGAUAAGGAUGAGAAAGUGGGGGAAGUGGGUGGCGGAGAUUAGAGAGCCGAACAAGCGGUCGAGGAUAUGGUUAGGAUCCUACUCGACUCCAGUGGCGGCGGCGAGGGCUUACGACACCGCCGUGUACUACCUGAGGGGGCCGUCGGCGAGGCUCAAUUUUCCGGAGUACUUGGUCGGUGAAGGCGGCGGAGGCCACCGUGAUCGAGACUUGUCGGCGGCGUCGAUAAGGAAGAAAGCGAUCGAGGUGGGUGCUAGGGUCGAUGCACUCGCACUCGAGACUUCCAUGACUGUUCACCACCACGAUGAACCUUCCUCUGGAUUCAAACCCUUCUGGUUUGAAGAGAAGCCUGACUUGAAUAAGAAACCCGAACCCGAAGACCCGGAUGCCGAUGAUGACUGGUGAUUGGUGGUGAGUCCAGAUAUAAUAUUAUAUAUAUAUAUAAGAAUGUAUUACUCUACUAUUUGCUAUCUGCUAGGAUGCAGUAAUUUCUGUGGGUUUUUUUUUUUCUUUUCUUCUUUUUUAGUUGGUAUGUUAUUUUAAUAUGGAUAAAGAAAUUUUGAUGUUCUGUAACAUGUUAAAGAAGAAUUAGUGUGAAUACUUGUUUUAGUUA